UUCCAGAAAGCUGACUCUGAUCUGGAUUACAUUCAAUACAGGCUGGAAUAUGAAAUCAAGACUAAUCAUCCUGAUUCAAUAGGCGAGGAGCAACCAACCAAUUUUGGUCCACUGGUAUCACCUAGUGGCUAGCCAAAGGACUAUCUUUGUGGAAGACCUUUUCAUGUGGGGCUUCCACUUUUCUUCUGACUUCCAUUUCUCGUCUUUGUUCCACCUCCAGAAAAAUCCAAUUAUUCUCCUAAAGGAGUUGUCAGCAAUAAAGUUUCGAUAUCAGACUUUGCAUGCACGCUUUAAACCAGUUGCUGAUGAGCAGAAAGAGACUAAGAGCCGCAUUUGUGCUACUUUGAAUAAGACUAUGACCAUGAUACAAGAACUACAAAAGCAAGCAGACCUGGAGCUUUCACCACUGACUGAAGAAGAGAAAAGUGCAGCAGAACGAUUAAAAUCUCAUAUACCAGACUUGUGAAGAAAUGGACUUGCAAAAGGGGACUCUAAUGGAGAAGAGAUCAGUUUACAGAGAGAUUUAGGAAGGUGUCUUGUUAUUACUUUCUGACUAGAGGUCAGGGAAUGCUGGUGAGGGAGAAGAGGGUUUGUCUUGGGUGACUGUGUAAUAAUGCCUUUCAUAAAAGAGGGCAGACAUUGUAUGAAUAAAGUUCAGACGAAAGGAAGGAGCAGGAAUAAAGGGAUUUAAAAAAUA